AUGAAAGAAACGGUGGAAUGUGUCGCUGAAAGAUCCGAUGUCUGUGCCAAUAAGGCCAUUACUUUUGAGACCUACAUGAAUCCUUCGUCAAUUAUCGCUCUUGCACUUAAAAGUGACUUAUAUUUUGUUUUUUAUUGCUGGUUUUGUGAGCGGUUUUUGAAAUCACUUCGCGCACUGUUCAGGCCAACAAGAUUAUGUCAGUGCUGUGAACAUCUGCGGCAAUCAUUGUCACGAUACACUGGGGGUAGUAAGAACAGAGAGAAAAACCAGUUUCCAGACUUCUGUGUUCAUAUCGCAGAUGGAUAUCGAUUACCACAUCAUCAAUACGGUUGUCCUCCGCGCACAUUCCGCAGGCCAAAUGAUCGGUUUGACGUGGUGCGAACAAGAACCGGAUUCCCGUACGAUUAUAGAACACCACCAUUGCCAUUCGUUUUACAUUCCAAUCGUAGAAAACCCGUCAACAUUCGUAAGAGUUUCAGCCUACCGAGGGAAUGGCAUGAGAGGAGAGAACAUGGAUUAAAUCUGACGAACAAGAAUACGCGAUUUGCCAACCCUCGAAGUGGAUUUCACAUGCCACCCAAUUUCUAUUGUUCACAAGGUCGAAUAGUUAUAAGCAACAAGGGUUCAGUUCGAAAGCCACCGUAUCGUUUUGGUUCUCCUGGAAGAUGGUCAGUGAAAACUACUCAACAAAAACACAGUGGGAGAUUAUGGCCCAUCAAUAUAAGUAAACCAUGGUCUGGCAUAAGGAAACCCAAGGAGUUGGAAGCAGAUCUGGUAAAUUUCCAGUUUUCGCACAAGACAUUGAGCAAGUUCUACAAUGAUACUUCAACGCCAAGCACAUCAGCAACCAGGUCACAGCAGCAAAAUCUUGAGAACGAGUCAUUAGCGCAGAAGUCGUCUGCUGAAAUUGUACCCGACUUGGCGGACCAUACUUGGUUUUCCCCUCCUUGUCUUGGCGACCCGGAGCAUUGUCAUUAUCAGAGAAUCAAACCAAUUACUAUGUCAGCUCCCGUUUCUGCCUGUUAUGAAAACAUGGGCGAUUCACCAGUACAAGAAACUACUUCGCCAAAACUUGCUUUACCGGAAAAUGACGAACAGACUGCUGAUAGUUAUAUCCGAAGAGCCAAUAUGGCCAUCGGGUGGACUGUCUAA